CUGACCAAGUCACGUCAAACCUAUGACUGAGUUCCUGACAGCUGUAGAGGCAACAUUUGGUCGGUAGGGCAUUCACUCAAACGCAGCUAUUCUAAAAGGGUCUGGACGUGGCAUAGAGAAAACAUGGCUGGAGAGCAAGUCAGUAAGAACAACACACAACAUCCAUCUGAGGUUCAGCAGAGCAAGGCAGGUGGAAAUAUCCAGCCACCUUCUAACAUCACUGGUCUCCGAGUUCAACUUCCCACAUUCAUAAAAAAAUCAACAACAGCAGGGAUAGGAGCAGUGACUGGAGAGGAAAUCCCUCCCCCAAAAACUUCUGAAAAUGGCACUGUUGGGAGCAUUUCAGCUUCUCUGGCUGUGCUGCUGUUUGGCGUUGUUCUCUUGAUUCUUUUCCUGGUCAGGAAGAAAUGUCACAGAGGGUAUGGACGCACACAGAGCAGGAUGAGCACUCGUGCAGGAAACCACACUGAGGUGGCCCCAGCCGAUGGCGUUUACGAGGAGGUCAAGGAAGAUGGCCGCCCCUCACGACUGACCAGGCCUGGCUGCCUCUAUACCCCACACCAGACGGAUGACCACACAUACCGCCACGUUACCUGCUCGGCCCCUGCUUGUCGUCGACCCCUCGUACAACAUGCCUCCUACAGUGUAAUUCAAAUACACGCCUUCCCAUCUGAUGAGCUGGCUGACCGUAAAGGUCAGUUACCCACAAUCCCUUGCGAUGACCCCGCGUACAGCCUCCUUCAAUCACCCAAAAUGACUCCUGAUGAUUCUGCAUGCAGUGCUGGGGAGCCAAGGGACUUCCUGGUUGAUGACCCUGGUUACAGUACUGUUCAAUCACGCACGAUCACGACUUCCUCUGGCGACACUGUGUACAGCACUCUUCAACUGGACACAGUUGUCAUUCCUAAUGUCUAAUGUUUGCCUAAAUUAGAUUUUGAAAGCCUAACAUGAAGUGAGGCUUCAGAGAGGUCACUGGGAAACUUUUGUUGUUUUUGCAUCAACCAUCCUGACUUUAUUCUGCUUUGUGCUACCAGAUGGCUCAAUUUGCUGAUAUUAUUGAGUCUGUCUCUUUGUUCUGGUGCAAACAGCUGAACAUUCUCCUCAGAGCCGCUCUGUCAAUUAUAUCGCAUG